CGUACUGCUCUUUUGAGUCAUUUAUUUGGUAAAAAUAUUUAUGUUAAAGAAUUUGGUUCCAAUACUGAGAUAUAAUAGAGUUAAUGACAUCACAUAGUGAGUGAAUAACAGAUGUAGUCAUGAAACAAAGAGAUGAGAAAGCAGGUAUGUUUUAUACCGUAAUACCACCCUACCAAGGUAGGGUUUACACAAAAACUGACCUUCGUCAAGACAGACAUACCAAUUCAGGAAACUCAACCACAACAAUCUUUUUCAUGAAGUUUUAAAUAGUGUGUUCAAUGAUAAAAUUGGUUGUUAAGUAAGCUUGUUUGGAACCAUACAUAGGAAGAACUUUACUAUCAAUAUUACAACCGAUUUUGUACUGAGAUUAUAACAACCAACGUCACAUUUCUUCAAAUCCAUAGCAAGAGAAAAAGUGUUUAAAAAUGUUUCUUGCCUGAUCCCUUACAAUAUCACUUGCCCUUAUGUACUAGGUACAUACACAGAUUGGUUAAGGUGUGUGUUUUACACAAGACCAUAAAUAGGAAUGUGAACCAAUGGAUUGUGUAACUGGUCAAGAGGACAUGAAUGUUGCACUGUAUUUGCCAGUUCCAGGCACAGACUGACACACGUCAAAUCCACAGGCACGGACCGACACACAUCAAUCCACAGACACAGACCGACGCACAUCAGUUCAGGGCACAGUCCGACGCACGUCAGUUCAGGGCACAGACCGACGCACGUCAAUUCAGGGCACAUACCGACACACGACAGUUCAUGGCACAGACCGACACACGUCAGUCCACCACAAGGACUAAGAUAGGUCAGUCUAUCCUUGUAGGACAAGUCAGUACAGCAUAUAGACUAGGACACAGUACAACUGUCGCACAGUUUUGGACAUGUCAGUACAUGGACUGGAACACAGUCCUACUGUCACACAGAUUGGGACAUGUCAGUACAUGGACUUGGACACAGUCCUACUGUCACACAGAUUGGGACAUGUCAGUACAUGGACUGGGACACAGUCCUACUGUCACACAGAUUGGGACAUGUCAGUACAGGGACUUGGACACACAGUCCUACUGUCACACAGAUAGGGACAUGUCAGUACAUGGACUUGGACACAGUCCUACUGUCACACAGAUUGGGACCUGUCAGUACAUGGACUUGGACAUAGUCCUACUGUCACACAGAUUGGGACAUGUCAGUACGUGGACUUGGACACAGUCCUACUGUCACACAGAUUGGGACAUGUCAGUACAUGGACUUGGACACAGUCAAUCUGUCACACAGAUUGGGACAUGUCAGUACAUGGAUUGGACACAUAGUCCUACUGUCAUACAGUUUUGGACAUGUCAGUACAUGGACUUGGACACAUAGUCCUACUGUCACACAGAUUGGGACAUGUCAGUUCAUGGACUUGGACACAGUCCUACUGUAACACAGAUUGGGACAUGUCAGUACGUGGACUUGGACACAGUCCUACUGUCGCACAGAUUGGGACAUGUCAGUACUUGGACUUGGACACAGUACUACUGUCACACAGAUUGGGACAUGUCAGUACUUGGACUUGGACACAGUACUACUGUCACACAGAUUGGGACAUGUCAGUACAUGGAUUGGACACAUAGUCCUACUGUCAUACAGUUUUGGACAUGUCAGUACAUGUACUUGGACACAUAGUCCUACUGUCACACAGAUUGGGACAUGUCAGUAUUUGGACUUGGACACAGUCCUACUGUCACACAGAUUGGGACCUGUCAGUACAUGGACUUGGACAUAGUCCUACUGUCACACAGAUUGGGACAUGUCAGUACUUGGACUUGGACACAGUACUACUGUCACACAGAUUGGGACAUGUCAGUAUUUGGACUUGGACACAGUCCUACUGUCACACAGAUUGGGCCAUGUCAGUACGUGGACUUGGACACAGUCCUACUGUAACACAGAUUGGGACCUGUCAGUACGUGGACUUGGACACAGUCCUACUGUAACACAGAUUGGGACAUGUCAGUACAUGGACUUUGACACAGUCCUACUGUCACACAGAUGGGGACAUGUCAGUACAUGGACUUGGACACAGUCCUACUUUCACACAGAAUGGGACAUGUCAGUACAUGGACUUGGACACAGUCCUACUGUAACACAGAUUGGGACAUGUCAGUACAUGGACAUACAUACUAAAACAUGUCAAUCUGCCACACCGACGAAUCCAGAUCUCAAGUUGUUGAUUGUUGAUGAAAAUAAUGAUGCUGACGAAUAUUUCAUAAGCUACUGGUUUUAUGUCUGGAUGAGGCUUCAAGAGACAGCAAAUUUCAUUGUUUAUAUCUCACCAGUAAUACAUCUUGGAAUCUCAGAGAAAUUAUUAUUGACACAUCUGUAAGAUAAGCACAUGCUCUUAAUGAGUGGAAGUUUGCAGUAAAGUCCAAUACAAGAUUAUGUGUAACAACACUGUCCAAUACAAGAUUAUGUAUAACAACACUGGUAACUCAUACCAAUGAUAAGUAGGACUGGACAUAUGAUGACAUGAUUAAAAUGUACAUAUAUCAAAUGAGAUUGUUAUUUGUUUAACAAAAAGCACUUCUUUUUAAAAAUCUUUAAAUCUAUACAAGAAUGAUCAAUCUAUCAUUUAUAAUACUUUACAACAAAAAAUUCUGUAAUAAACUAAUGUAAUCAUGACAAUAUCUGAUGAUUGACGAAACACAUACAAAUGAAUUGAUGGUCGAAGACACUCCACAACCAAAAAUGUUCAAAUACCCUUCAUCGCUCUCCAUACCUUCUGUAUAAUGAUCAGUUAAGUAGACUAUUUACAAUAUAAACACAUACUUUCACACAUCACAUUAUUGACAUAAACAAUUCACUUUCACACAUCAAAUAUUCGCGUUUUCAACAAAAUAUUCAAGAAUGGAUAAAAAAUAUACUAAUCCUGUCAAAAA